GAUAAUCAAUUGUGUAUAAAUUAAACAGAACGAAUCAACGAUCACUGUUACUGUCUCACCGAAAGAUAUACUCUGAAAUACACAAUAACAUAACCUUCUUGCUAAUUGGCUUCCCUCGUACGCCUUUCCAGUUUCUUUCGCUAAAAAUCCCCGCGUUUUUUCUCUUAUCGUUUCACUCUUCAAGGGACUCCCACUUCCUUCCCUCCCUCGCUUCUGUUUCCUCCCACUCUUAAAAAAAUUCCCCAAUUUUAGGGUUUCUAAACUGCUCCAAAUUUAUCGAUCAAUUUUACCCUUAAAUUUCCCCUACUUUUUAACCUGUCGCGACGGUUCUACUAUCGAUGGGGAAACGAAACACUGUCGUGAUUUCCUCAUCGGACGAUGAAGAUUACGAGCCUUCUUCGAGGCUGAAACGGAGCUACGAGAAGGCGAAAUCGAGGUCCUCGGUUACCCGUACGAACCCUAGUAGAGCCAAAAAGCCUCGACUCCCGAGCUUUCGCUUAAGUAAAGAAUCUAGCGAUGUAGAUGAGGUGAGAUUGGCUUUUGAAGAUUUUAACGAAGUUUUUAAUGGUUUCAAGGUUUCUGCUGGUUCUAGAAGGAGCAAUGCAAAGGAAUUGUGGGUUGAUAAACACAAGCCUCGUUCUAUGGAAGAGCUUGCUGUUCAUAAGAAGAAGGUCGAAGAAGUUAAGUCAUGGUUUGAGGAAAGAUUGAGGACUCCAAAGUAUUUACAGGGUGACAUUGGUAGCUCCGUUCUCAUCAUCACUGGGCAAGCUGGGGUUGGAAAAUCUGCAACUGUCCAUGCGGUUGCAUCUCAGAUUGGGACUCAAUUAUGUGAAUGGAACGCACCUACUCCCACAAUUUGGCAAGAACAUGUGCAUAACUCAAGUGCAGGUAUUUCAGGGAUAAAUUACACUUCUAAGUUAGAUGAGUUUGAAAAUUUUGUUGAAAGAGUGAGGAAGUAUGGAUUGAUCUCUUCAUCUUUCAAUGGGAACUCAAAGUCUUCAAUUAUACUGGUGAUUGAUGAUCUUCCUGUAACAAAUGGAAGAGCAGCUUUUGAAAGACUUAAAACGUGCCUGGUUCUGCUUGUGAGAUCAACACGGGUACCAACAGCUAUAUUGAUUACCGACUAUGGUAAUGCAGAUUCAUCAGACCCCAAUGCAAGAUGGUUGGAAGAACUACAGUUGUCACUUGAGAGUGCUGGGGCUAGUAAGGUUCUUUUUAAUCCUAUAACUAAUAAUUCCAUCAAAAAAACACUCUCUAGAAUAUGCAGACAAGAGCAAUGUAAUGUGGCAGCUGAAGAGAUUGAUCUGAUUGCAAAAGCCAGUGGAGGUGACAUUAGACAUGCAAUUACAUCUUUACAGCUCUUCUGUCUGAAACCAGAUGUGGAACUUGAUUUAUCGUCAUCCAAUUCUACUCCCAGUUACCCAAAAGAAAAUGCAAAUGAGCUAACUGCUUUCAAUGGUGGAUUUUCUUCGCAAUACGGAAGGGAUGAAACACUGACACUUUUUCACGCACUGGGAAAAUUCUUGCAUAACAAAAGAGACAAAGAAAAUGUAGUUGCAUUAGACCAAAAUGCAUUUUGUGUAAGGGAGAAAUUCUCAAGACUUCCUUUUAAAAUGGAUUCUCCAGAAAAGAUACUCUGCCAAGCACAUGGGCAAUCAAGGCCUAUUACAGAUUUUCUUCAUGAAAAUGUUCUAGAUUUUCUGUGUGAUGAGGCAAUGGAUGAUGCAUGGGCUGUGGCUUCAUAUCUUGGUGAUGCUGACUUGCUUCUUGCUUCUUUUAGAGGAAUGUUAACUAGACAUAGUGAGACAGAGAAUGUUCUACAGUCAGCUGCUGCUUCAGUCGCAGUUCGUGGAGUUCUCUAUGGAAAUUUUCAUCCAUCACCUUCAAGAUGGCAUGCUAUUCGCAAACCAAAUCUUUGGCAGAUAGAGCGAUCAUUAUCUCACAAUCAGAAUGAGAUGCUAAGACAGAGAUUUAUGGCGGGUAGUGGAUCAUCUAGCUUAUCUGAAGUAUCGGUUAUAGCUACAGAGUAUAUACCUGUGUUAAAAUGGCUUGGUUACAGAACAUCUAGCGGUCUUGAAACUCAUGACUCCGAAGAUGACAGCUCUCAAACAAUGAGUAUGAUAGAUGAACAAGAAAGUAAAAUUUCUGAUGAUGACAUAGAAGAUUGGUGAGAGAUACUUGCUGCUUAAGGAGCGACGCUUAGUCCAGAUUAACUAACUAUUAAUUCUAAAAUAAUGGCUUGUGCAUUUUUUUUUCUAACUAAAAACAUAUGUAAAUUUUUUUUCCUUUGUAAAUAUCCAGUUCAGUUUAUUCUUGGAUGAGAUGCCAGGUGUUGAAAAGCGAGUCUACUUUGCUGCACUGGAGCUAUUCAACAAUCCUAAAGCUAGGGAGAUGUUCUCGUCUCUCAAUGGAGACAGGCGCUUGACUUGGUUGCACGGCAAGUGCAUUGCUCCAUCCAAUACCCCAGUUUGAUAGAAGGAAAUUUUGUAUUGCUUAGUAAUAUGUUUCCAUAACAAAUCAUAAACUAGACAAACUGAUGCUUGUAUAUAUGGCUUUUUCAAUCAUCAAACUGCAGAGCAUUAUAGUUCAAUGCAAAUUGUUAAAGCAUUCAACA